AUGAGCAUCGCAAGAGGAACAACAUACAGGCAGCAGCGCCCUGCCCUGCUGGAAACCCCUCACAGGCAGCAGCGCCCUGCCCUGCUGGAAACCCCUCACAGGCAGCAGCGCCCUGCCCUGCUGGAGACCCCUUCCAGGCAGCAGCGCCCUGCCCUGCUGGAAACCCCUCACAGGCAGCAGCGCCCUGCCCUGCUGGAAACCCCUCACAGGCAGCAGCGUCCUGCCCUGCUGGAAACCCCUCACAGGCAGCAGCGCCCUGCCCUGCUGGAAACCCCUCACAGGCAGCAGCGCCCUGCCCUGCUGGAGACCCCUUACAGGCAGCAGCGCCCUGCCCUGCUGGAAACCCCUUACAGGCAGCAGCGCCCUGCCCUGCUGGAGACCCCUUACAGGCUCCAAAAUCAUCCAAGGCCAAGUCAUGUAAAUCGACAUCAGGCUACCAAUGGACAAUAUCAGCCCCCCUAUGGACAGAAUCACGCCUCCUACAGACAGUGGCAGGCCCCGAAUCAACCAUAUCGGGCUGCUAAUGGACGAUACCAAGCCACCCAUGGACAACUACCACAGCCGCAGGCCCAGAAUCAACAGUGGCAGACCACUAAUGGGCAGCAAAGGCCCACCAAUGCUCAAAAGCAGGCCUGUAUUGUUCCGCAGCAGGCCCCCAACCUACAGACCCCCACUGAUCAGCAGGCCUCUCAUGGCCAACAGCAGGCCCCCAAUGUACAGGCCUCCACUGAUCAGCAGGCCUCCCAUGGCCAACAGCAGGCCCCCACUGAUCAGCAGGCCUCCCACGGCCAACAGCAGGCCCCCACUGAUCAGCAGGCCUACCACGGCCAACAGCAGGCCCUCCCUGAUCAUUGGCAGGCUCCUGAUGGUGAAAUGUAUUUCAAUAUACCACUAUGGCUGGAGGAGAACAAAGACCAACAGCGUCGUCUGAAGAACACGGAAGAGCUUCUUGAAGUGGAGAGGGAAAAGUCAGCAUGUUUAGAAAAAGAGGUGGAAAAAAUGACACCUUUCCUUAAUGCAGCUCAGGAGGUAUCAAUUUAUGAGCACAAGACCAAGGAAGAGCUCCUGGUGCUUGUUGCAGCUUUGAGCAGCCAGCUGAAAAGUGAAACCCGUCACAAAGAAGUCCUGGAAAAAGAGUUAGAGGGCACCAAGCAUCAGCUCGCGCGACCCAUUUUUCAGAGACUGACUGAAGAAAAAGAGGCUCCUCAACAGGAGAUCCAGAUCCUUAAGAAGGAGGCAGAGAGCAGUGAGAAAGGUACAGAGAAGCUGGAGAGGUUAGAGUUACAGCUGGAGAAGACCAACAGCAUCCCCCAGCUUAACUCCCAACUGAUCAUUCAGGUAAAGGCUAAUGAGACACUACAGAGGGAAGUGGAUGGAUUCAAGCAAGAAGAGCUCUAUGAGUGUAUGACAAAGGAAAAGGACAGUAAGGGAGACACUCCUGUGGAUGUCACACCACCUGAAGACAACCCAAACGCACCAGAGGAGAUCCAGGAGUCCACUGAGGAGAUCCAAGGAGCCCCUGUGGACUUUCAGGAGGCCACUGAGGAGAUCGAAGAAGACUGGAUCAAACGUGAGAUGGAGAGUGUCUCAGCAUGGCGCAGGUUUAAGAAGUUGAUGACUCCAAGGCACAGGCGCCAGUUUAAACACCAGCAACAGGGGCAGAAUCAGGUGUGA